AUGGAGAACAAAUUCAACGUCGCUCAAACGCAAAACGGCAAAAGUGCUGUGAAGCAAGUGAAACAGGAGUUCGGAAAUGAGAAUUCGAUGAGCCCAAGAAAAAUAAGACCUUCUUAUUCUCAACUCUUGGAAAACUUGAGAAAAACUAAAUUGGCUCUACGAAAAUCGGAGAACCAACGGAAAUCCGAGAAGGAGAAAAUGGAAAAGCAACUUCUGGAGGCCUACGCUUCCAACUCCUUCCUCAAAAGUCUCCAUGCCAAGAAGCUGAAGGAGGUGGAGGAUAAAUUGGAAAAAACGGAAAAGGAGCUGGAAAAGGCAAAAGAAGUGGUGUCGAAUAUGAGGAACACCUUGUUCCAACAACAAAAAUCAACCCGUGAAGUGAUUGUGAAGCAAAAUUUGAUCAGUGGGAAGUUAUUAAUGGACUUGAAAAGACAGAAGGAAGAAGUGGAGGAAGCAGAACAAUUUCAGCUGAGGGAUAAAAAGACGCUGAACGCUCUAUGGAGAGAUUUGAAAGAGAUGAAGACUGAAGACAACAAGAAACAACAUGAAAUUGAAAAACUAGAGAAGGAGCUGAUAGCUCAGAAGAAGAAUAUGGAGGUGUCUCAGCAGGAACUGGUGGAUCGACACCGCGAGGAAAUCAGGGAAGCACAACGUGGGGCAAAUAUUCUCCAGAGUCUUCUACAACAGAAAGAAGAAGUUCUUGAAUUUAAUUCAAUUAAAAUUAAUAAGUUGGAGCAGGAAUUAAAGACGAGAAACGAGGAGUUUGUUGAAAAAGUCAGGAGAAUUAAUGCAAUUAAUGCAAUUUUAAACAAUGGAACCGUUUUAUAG